AUGGUGAAUUUUACCGUCGACGAAAUCAGACAGAUGAUGGACAAGAAGCGGAAUAUCCGCAACAUGUCCGUCAUCGCCCACGUAGACCACGGCAAGUCCACACUUACGGACUCGCUGGUCUCCAAAGCCGGUAUUAUCGCCGGUGCGAGAGCCGGUGAGACACGUUUCACUGACACCCGUAAAGAUGAACAAGACAGAUGUAUCACUAUUAAAUCCACCGCCAUAUCUAUGUUCUUCGAGUUGGAAGAGAAGGACUUGGUGUUCAUUACAAACCCUGACCAGCGUGAAAAGAGUGAAAAGGGAUUCUUGAUCAACUUGAUUGACUCACCUGGCCACGUUGACUUCUCAUCAGAAGUAACAGCUGCCCUCCGUGUAACUGAUGGAGCCCUUGUAGUAGUGGAUUGUGUGUCUGGUGUGUGUGUACAAACUGAGACAGUAUUGCGUCAAGCUAUUGCCGAGCGUAUCAAGCCCAUCCUUUUCAUGAACAAGAUGGACCGUGCUUUACUUGAGUUGCAAUUGGAGUCCGAAGAAUUAUACCAGACCUUCCAACGUAUUGUAGAAAAUGUCAACGUUAUCAUUGCCACAUAUAAUGACGAUGGUGGUCCUAUGGGUGAAGUACGUGUUGACCCCAGCAAGGGUUCCGUGGGCUUCGGCUCCGGUCUCCAUGGUUGGGCCUUCACCCUCAAACAGUUUGCAGAGAUGUAUGCCGACAAGUUCAAGAUUGAUCUUGUCAAGCUCAUGAACAGAUUAUGGGGAGAGAACUUCUUUAAUGCCACUACCAAGAAGUGGUCAAAGCAGAAGGAUAACGAGAACAAGCGUUCAUUCUGUAUGUAUGUGUUGGACCCCAUCUACAAAGUGUUCAGCGCUAUCAUGCAGUUCAAAAAAGAUGAAAUUGACAGCCUGCUCAAGAAAAUUGGAGUCACCAUCAAACAUGAAGAUGCUGACAAGGAUGGCAAAGCUCUACUUAAGGUAGUGAUGCGUACCUGGUUGCCAGCUGGUGAAGCUCUGCUUCAGAUGAUUGCCAUCCAUCUGCCUUCCCCCGUGGUUGCGCAGAAAUACCGUAUGGAGAUGUUAUACGAAGGACCUCAUGAUGAUGAAGCCGCUCUUGGUAUCAAGACCUGCGACCCUGAGGCACCCCUUAUGAUGUAUGUGAGCAAAAUGGUACCGACCUCCGACAAGGGCCGUUUCUAUGCCUUCGGACGUGUAUUCUCCGGCAAAGUUGUCACCGGACAAAAGGCCCGUAUCAUGGGACCUAACUUCCAACCUGGCAAGAAAGAGGAUAUGUAUGAGAAGACCAUCCAGCGUACCAUCCUCAUGAUGGGUCGUUAUGUUGAAGCCAUUGAAGAUGUACCUUGCGGUAACAUUUGCGGUCUCGUCGGAGUUGACCAGUUCUUGGUCAAGACUGGUACCAUCACCACUUUCAAGAAUGCGCACAACAUGAAGGUCAUGAAGUUCAGUGUGUCCCCUGUCGUGCGUGUGGCUGUAGAGCCCAAGAACCCUGCUGACCUGCCCAAGUUGGUGGAAGGUCUGAAGCGUCUGGCCAAGUCUGACCCUAUGGUGCAGUGCAUCAAUGAGGAGUCUGGAGAGCACAUCGUAGCUGGUGCUGGAGAACUCCAUCUCGAAAUUUGUUUGAAGGAUCUUGAAGAAGAUCACGCCUGCAUUCCAAUCAAGAAAUCCGACCCUGUUGUAUCCUACCGUGAGACGGUCAGUGAAGAGUCCAACCAAAUGUGUCUAUCCAAGUCUCCCAACAAGCAUAACCGUCUCUUCAUGAAGGCUACCCCCAUGCCUGAUGGUCUGCCCGAGGAUAUCGAUGAGGGCCGCGUAAACCCACGUGAUGACUUCAAGACACGUGCGCGUUAUCUUGGUGAGAAAUACGAGUACGAUUUGACUGAAGCCCGUAAGAUCUGGUGCUUCGGUCCCGAGGGCACCGGACCCAACAUCCUGGUGGACUGCUCCAAGGGAGUGCAAUAUCUGAAUGAAAUCAAGGACUCCGUUGUUGCUGGUUUCCAAUGGGCUGCCAAGGAAGGAGUCAUGGCUGAGGAGAACUUGAGAGGAGUGCGCUUCAACAUCUAUGACGUAACCCUCCACACUGACGCUAUUCACAGAGGUGGCGGUCAAAUCAUUCCUACGACGAGAAGAUGUCUGUACGCGUGUCUGUUGACGGCCGCGCCCAGGCUCAUGGAGCCAGUGUACCUUUGUGAAAUCCAGUGUCCCGAAGUCGCCGUGGGAGGUAUCUACGGUGUGCUGAACAGACGGCGUGGUCACGUGUUCGAGGAGUCUCAAGUGGCGGGUACCCCCAUGUUCGUGGUGAAGGCAUACCUGCCCGUCAACGAGUCGUUCGGUUUCACCGCCGACCUGCGCUCUAACACCGGCGGCCAGGCUUUCCCACAGUGCGUGUUCGACCACUGGCAGGUACUGCCCGGAGACCCGUGCGAGGCCGGCUCCAAGCCCUUCGCUGUAGUACAGGAAACAAGAAAACGGAAAGGAUUGAAGGAGGGUCUCCCAGAUCUAGCCCAAUACUUGGACAAGUUAAAUCCAAGUGAUAUUUAUAAUGUUUUAUUGGUUUCAGAUUCCAGUUUUUCUGCAAACCGUAUUAUUCAGGUAACAAAUGGUUUGCUGCUUUUGAUUAACAACAGAGACUGUCAAGUUGUGCCAAAACAUGGAUGGACCUACCACCACCUUCACAAUAAAUACAAGACUGAGAGAUGUAUUAUUGAUGUUAAUUGUGUAACUCGUAUUUAUGGGAUGUUAACAUUUUGUUUUCUUUUACCAGCCGAGGAAAAUAAGGCAGUGGAAAUGGAUGUAAUCUGGUACGAGGGGAGGUCUAAAAGUUCA